AUGGCCCUGGAAUCCGUCGUCCUCUGGGAUGACAUUGUCGAAAAAUUCGAAGACAAUCCGACUCUGUGCAUGGGGGUGACUCAGCAAGAGUUGACGGACGUCGCACAGACCAUGAGAAAACUCAUGGACGGCGCGCACGAUCGCAAGAACGAUUUGCAAAGGACUUUGGAAGCUGCCUUGCAGCCUGUGCAAGAAUUGCAUCCUCGGCGACGACGAUCUGAAUUGGACGAAAUGUGGGAAGCAGCCGAGGCUGCUCACGCUCACUUACCUACGGAAACGGAAAGCGUGCCGCUUCUGAACGCACCCCCUCUUCAGGCAGACGCAGAUGAACCGACCAUUAAAAAGGACGACCAGGACCAGGAAGAUCCGGUUGGCCUACGGACCAGCAGGGUCUACGGGCCAGGGUCUACGGACCGGCAGGUCUACGGACCGGAGAGGUUCUGCUUAGAUAGACAUGAAAAUUCGAAGGGUCAUCAAGCAGCGUCCAAAAGCCAGCCCACGGACUCAGCUUUGCAUCUUGCGCCGUCACAAGAGUCCUUCGAAGAAUUUCUCACUCAGGCUUUACAAGGUCAGUCAGUGAGAGAUGGAGGCGUGACCUCAGAUAAGCGCAUCAAGAUGCGCUGGGCCUUGACUGAAGCGAUCCUUGCAAGGAACCGCAAACUGUUGGCAGACAGUCAAUCGAUGACGUUGCUUCGAGACGAGCGAAAAGGCAAACUCUUAGUCCGCUUUCGAGCGGUUCUACGAGACCUGUCAACCGUAAGCGGUUGUUUCGGGUUGUUGCCAGUCAGUGGCUCAGCGGACAGCAUUGCCUCGGCUACAGACACUUUGAUGGAAGCUUAUUGCACUCCAAUGAGGCAGCCACCUCGAGCCUCCUGUGUGACAGAAUCGUCUGUGGAUCAGGCCUUGCUUCAGCACUUGCGACAGACAGUCACAAUCAUUGUCACUGAUGCGGCUGCUUCUGAACAGAUUGCAACAGAUUUGCAGCGUGGCCGGCGAGAGUUUGCAGACGAAAGCGGCCAAGGGACAAUGAAGAACGUCAGAAUUGUAGGCUCGGAAGCUGCUUGGGCCAUUCAGUUGCGCAGAAAUUUCUCCGCUUACAAAGCCGUGCUGCUCACGAUGGCAGCUGAUGCCUGCGCCAUCAGCAACGAUUACACUCGAGAAUGUGAUCAGGAAGGGAUGGACGUUGCUCAGCUCAACUUGCGGGCUCAGCAUUUCAUUUCUUCGGCCAGGGCUUUGUUUGUGGAACGUCAAGUGUGCACCUUGCCAUCCUUUACAAAGGACUUUUUGUCCAGAAAAGAGCCAGUUACCGUGAUGCAAGACGGCUUCGCUUUGGAAGUGCGUGUGACGUCAGCUGACAUCGACAAAGCUUUUGAAGUCAUGCAGGAGUGGACGGCUCUUGCAGAAGAAAUGGUCGCCAUGAAUUUCCUAGCUGGCAUUUGUUCGCAGCCUUUGAAGUCUUUCACUUAUGUUCAACAGCCGGAGCAGCCGGAACAGGCUGCACUUCGUGCUGAAAUGCAGGAGACCCAGUUGAAGAAGAUAGAAAUGAUUUUGCAAGCCAUGGUGGACAUGGGUUUGCGUCACCCAAGUGAGCGCACUUUGUGCAUGGCCUGUGCCUUGAUUGUACGCAUGCCGCUGCAGGCUCCAGCGCCGCAGCCAUCAGCGAACAAGGAUCGCAUCGAACUGGCGCAGGAAUCUCGGACGCUGAACGGCGAAGACUUGGAAAGGAACUUGGCCAGGUUGGGUCAAGCACGAGAGUUCACACAGAUGCAGCCGACCGCUGCUGCUCUAAAGAAAUCCGCCAGUCACUCGAACCGGGAUGCUUGGAGGCAAGCAGUUUUGCGAGUGGGACAACGAAGUCCGGCACAAAAAGCCCCCACAACUGCGCUUUGCACGGUUCUGGCGAGCUACCUGGCUUGGACUGCGUCUAACAGUGGGGUGGAACAAUUAUUCAGCACAUUGAAAAAUUCACCCACUGAGCAGUCCAAAGCAACGGGCAUGGUUUUGGACACAGACAGGCGCACACCCAUGGCCAUGGGGGACUGUCAAGCUCGCGAAGCAACGAUUGCUGCAGAAAUCGUUUCAGAAGCUCGCCGCAUUUAUUGCACUUUGCUGCGAUCCGGCAUCUCUCGCACCACUACCCAGAAACGUUUCGACAAAGGUCGAACAUCCACUAGCCGCAAAGGAUCUCACGCUCAGUGGGAUCGGGACAGGAAACAAUCCUUGGCCACGGCCUUGAAAGAUUUGACCACGCCGCCGCGAGCAGCAACCGCUCCCAUGCUCACGGAGUCUACUGAAAAGGAAAGAGACUUCCAAAGAAAGAAAGCAUUCAAACGGAAGGCGGAAGCCUUGUCUGAUGGUUUGCUUUUGCCAGACGAGGUGACACCUGCGCUGGAACGCGCAGCCAGCAAAAUGGCUAAGGCCAACCAGCAAGGCGAUCGCCAGCGAAAAAAGAAACGUGUGGAUUACAUUGCGGAGUCGAAGAUGGCUUCCGCGAAGACAUCUUCAGUUUGGGCAAGUCAAGGCUUGCAGGGUCCUGUUUGGUUGGAUCCCCGCUUGGGCACCCACACGCAAGCUGUCCAGCGCAAGGUUGCACACUCUGGGCGUCACUUCUCAGUCUCGGGCCAGGACAUGCAGCAGGCAAAGUUGCUAGUCCUGGCGAACUUCGGACAUGUCGAGGACAGGGUGAAGGUAGCGGCGGCUCUGCAAGGAGCUGUGGUUCUGUCAGCUGCUGUUCUCUUUGGCGAGGGAGGUGUCAAGCUCACCUUCAACAGAGGUCUCCGCAUUGAAGCCGCAGUGUUCGCGACUCAGGCCUUUAAGAUAGAGCAGCCUGGUCUUACAGCUUUGCUUCGGGUCGCAUGCGCCAAUGGUUGGCUCGCGGUGAAAAUGAGCGAUCUGAAGGGUCGUGGCAGAAAGCCGAGUUUGCUUUUACGGGGGAAAGAUGAAGUCGUCCAGGGGUUUGGGAAGACUAGAGUAAAGCUUGUCGACCGAACAGAAUUUGUUCGGUGGGUUACAAAGACCUGCUUGAAUCAGCACCUCAGUGCUCGUGUGAGCGCGGCAUCCUGA